CUACCGCACGAAUCUCUUUAUUUAGAGAACAUUCCAUCCGGCGAGUCUUACGAGAGAAGCUACAUGCACCGGGACACAAUCACGCACUGUUUAUCAACGGCUACUGAUUUUGUAGUUACCGCCAGCUGCGAUGGGCACAUCAAGUUCUGGAAGAAAGUCGAGAAUGGUAUCGAGUUCGUUAAACACUUCCGAAGUCACUUGGCGCCUAUUAAAAGCCUCGCCGCUAACCCAGAGGGUACGUUGUUAUGUUCCGCCGCGGUGGAUAAAUCACUGAAAAUAUUCGAUAUUGUAAACUUUGACAUGAUUAAUAUGAUGCGACUUGAUUAUAUACCGAGUUGUGCAGAAUGGGUGCACGGAUCUGGUGAUGCAGUGCAUGCACUUGCUGUAGCUGAUGCUGACACCAGCAGAAUACAUGUAUAUGACGGACGGGGUGCGAAUGUUCCACUGGAAGUGCUGGAGAAGAUGCACAGCGCACCCGUUUCGUUGAUCAAGUAUAACAACACAUUUGAUGUUGCACUUAGCUUUGAUGGACUGCAUAUGCUAGAGUAUUGGAGUGGACAGCGCGGCGGUUUUGCUACUCCUAAGUGUCUAGCAUUCAAAUCAAAAUUGGAUACUGAUUUGUUUGAAUUUGCCAAGAAUAAAGCGACAAUCUCGGGGUUGGCGUUCUCACCGGAUGGUCGUAAGUUUGCCACGACUAGCAGUGACCGCAAAGUACGUGUCUUCCAUUUUCUCACUGGGAGAUUACACAGGGUGCUUGAUGAGACUUUGCCGCGUUUUACUGAACUGCAAACAGCAAAACAAUUACUACCUAACAUGGAGUUUGGACGGCGUAUGGCAGUUGAGCGGGACUUGGAGAAGUCCGAACAAGCAACGUCGAGUAAUGUACUAUUCGACGCUUCUGGUCACUUCUUGCUCUACCCAACUUUACUAGGUGUCAAACUUGUCAACUUACACAGUAACCGUUUGGUGCGUAUCGUCGGCAAGAACGAGAACUUACGCCUAUUGAACAUCGCCCUUCAUCAAGGCUCAGGACGUCGAGGAAAAGCAGCAGUCACGCUUGAAAUUGAAGGUUCCAAUAAUCCUACAUUGGAAGCUAUUCGUCCUGACCCCACACUUAUUGCCACCGCAUAUAAAAAGUCACGUUUUUAUCUGUUUAGCUCUCGCGAGCCGGAUGAUCCGCAGGGCCAUGGGCAGGAACGCGACGUCUUCAAUGAAAAACCCUCCAAGGAAGACACCCUCGCUGUGUCUGACACCCCAGCAGCGCAGAGGCUCUAUGAGAACGCCAUCAUGCAC